AUGCUAUUAGACAGUCUCUCAGAGUCUCGUCGAAGCUAUGUCAGAAAAAUCUGCCACACAAUCAUUAUUAACAACUCAGAUAUGAUCGAUGAUUUUUCGCAAUAUAGCAACGAGCUUCAGCUGAAAAUUGUAGAUACAAACCCUGGCAAAAUUUUGUGUAGUGUGAAAGACAGUAUUAAAGCAAAAUUUCUACUUCAGGAGUUUAGAAGUGGAAAUACCACAGAGGACUAUCAUGAUGCUUUUAACCACAUUGAGGUAUACAACCAAGACACGUUUGAUGCAUUUUGCAUAUUGCAGUCAAAGUAUGAUGAUUUUGGCCGCAUAGUUAAAGUUUACAAAGUUACAGACAACGACUCGAAGGAGAAAUUUUGCUUUGACGAAAAGUUCCAGGAACAACUGGCCAAUCCUGCAGGCAUUCUUAAGCUAUUUACAUCUUCGUCGUCAAUCUUGAAUGUAAAAUUUACUAAAAAGAUUCACAAAGACUCCUGUCCAAUGGACGAUCCAAAAUUUAACGAUUUUGACAAGAUUGUGUACCUGAUUCUCAAAUGCGAUAGAAAGGAUAGAGUCUUGGUAGAAUAUGCCUCGUGCAUCAUCAAUUAUAUGAGUGACAGCUUAGUUCUUCUUGUAAAUCUGUAUGAGCACAUUUUCCCAAUCUUUUUACAGAUCUCAUCUGAGUUUUCAGGUAUACUCGUCAAAAUACUCAUAAAGAGGAUCAAGAUGUUUAUUGAGAAUGGAGUAGCAUGCUGUGAAGAAACAAAAGAUCACGAAAUCACAUUCAAAAUAAAACGCUUGGUGAACACGCUUCAGCAAAACUCUCUUAUUUCCGAGGCUGAUUUAAAGUCCUUUGGUGUACAAGCCAUAAAUAAGCCCGAUGUCGUUGAAUUAUAA